CAGUCUGAAGAUAUUUGCAAUGUAUACAUGUCUAUUUAUUUUUUUGAGUGUUUCUUUGCUGUUAAGGUUAUACCAUACACAAAAUUUGGAGAAAGUGUAGAUUACAUCAAUCCUUCUUGUUUUUGCCAUUCUAAAGUUCACAUUAAUUUGUUACAUGGUAAAAAUUAGAGUACAAUUGUAUUUAUUCCGAGAGAUUUCAUUUUUUUUUUCAUGUCUUUGCUUUGAAUUUCCAUACAGAUAUAAAAGGAAAAAUUUGGGAAGAAUGAUGAAAUAAGACUGGUUUGAUAGGGAAAUUUUGUGAUAAAAAUUAUAAUUUUUAGCAAAAAUUAAGCCCACCACUCAUGGGCUAGGUAGAACCGUGGGGGAAUUUUCAUAUACCUGUGGCUGUGCUCGCUCAAGCAACAGGUACAUCAUAGUAUUGACUCAGUAGACUACUGUACGGAAGCAUAUUAGGGCCGCAGCAGUAUCUUUUUUUAGUUUGUUAUAACAAAUUAAUAAUCUUUUAUAACAAAUUACUAAUCUGUUAUAACAAAUUAGUAAUUUGUUAUAACAAAUUAUAAUCUGUUAUAACAAAUUAUAAUCUGUUACAACAAAUUAUCAAUCUGUUAUAAGAAAUUAUUAAUUUCAGUUCAUUUCUGCAAAAUUUCAGUUUGCAGGAAACCCAUUUUGAAAAUGUAUGCAUGUUCUUGAUUGAAAAGUUUUUGUACUGGUGGUAUGUCACAUUUUUUCUUUUAAAAUAUUGAUGAAAGGGACAUAUUGUUUUAGUGUGAAUUCUUCAUCUUCUUCCGUUUCUCAUACUAAGUUUGUCCGGGCCAUAGCUUUUUCGUCUUUUGACACAGACCUUUGAUAUGUGGAGACUAUGGAGAGAAAAUUCACGAUUGCCUAUUAUAAUGUCUUGUCGUUGAUAUUGAUAUUCUGUUAUAACAGAUUAAUAAUUUGUUAUAACAGAUUAAUAAUUUGUUAUAACAGAUUAAUAAUUUGUUAUAACAGAUUAAUAAUUUGUUAUAACAGAUUAAUAAUCUGUUCUGCUGCGGUCCUAAUAUGCUUUCGUACUACUGUCAUCUUAUCAGUCCCACUUCCGUGUUUUAAAAAAAUGUGCAUGUAUUGCACAAUCGCCUGAAAUUGUUUAUGUGUAUAGGCCAUAGAGCGAGGAUAAAACAUGUCGGACAACAUCAACAGGCGCUGCAUUUUACAAGAAAUUCACGACAAAAUGAGCCAUGACGACUUCAGGUGCUUGUCUUACCUCUCCAAGGAUGUUAUCAAAAACAGGAAAAGAAUGGAACUGCGGAGCAGUUUGGAUUUAUUUCUAGCUUUAGAAGAAAAAACAGCCAUCAACUGCACGUCACAGAAUUUCUCACUUCUGGAAGAAAUGUUUCGUUUAAUGGGAAGGAAGGACGUCAUCAGCGUCUUAACAAGAUGUAAACAAGAUGCCGUUCAAGCAGAGAAAACGAAAACAUCUAUGACGGAUAAAAGAAUUCUUCUUUUCAACAUUGGAGAAGAAACCGGCGAGAAGGAACUAAACUAUCUAAAGGAGAGUCUGGGUAAGAGUGGCGUCAGAAAACGAGAACUGGAUCACGUGACUGACGUUUGGGAUGGUCUUGAUCUUCUGGAGGAGAGGAUUCGAGAGACUGACCAUUUGUCCUUCCUUCGAAACACUCUUGGUCAAGUCGAGGAGAUAAAGGUGUUGUUGGAUGAUUUUAUACAAAAAGACGAGGUUUCUGAGGGUGCCACUGGUUGUCAGUCGGACAAAUUUCCAGUUCAAGAAGAAGGCGAUAUGGAAAUUACAAAUGGAGAAGAGGCAAAAGCAUACUCGAACAUGCAAACAGGAAUGUCUAUGGACGGUUUUCCAAGUGGCUUCUCUAGCUCAAGGUGGUCCGGACUUGGGGUAUACGAUAAAGGGAUACAUCCAGGUCGCUGUGUCAUCAUCAACAACGAGCGCUUCGAUGAUGAGAGCCGACUUCCAACACGCACAGGAACGAAUAUAGAUCGAGAUCGUUUACAUGACAUGUUCACCAUGUUUGGGUUUAACAUCUCUAUGUACAACAACCAAAGCCGCGAUGAAGUGAUGAACGUUUUGGAAUGCGUUCAGAAAGAAGACCACCAGGAUAAUGGUGCUUUGGUCGUUUGCUUUUUGAGUCAUGGAAGCCUCAAUACUAUUUCUGGAAGUUGUGGUCAAGAUAUUGGCAUAAGCAACAUGACGUCAUUGUUCCGGGCCGACAACUGUCCAUCGAUGUCGGGAAAACCAAAAUUCUUUAUUCUCCAGGCGUGUCAAGGAAGGGAAACCCAAAAUGUAUGGCAUCGGGGUCAGACGACCAUUCGAGCGGAAUUUGACGAUCCUCGAACUCCAAGCCUACCGGAAGAGGAAGUAACCCAUGAGAGCCCUUCCUGGGGUCAGCUUGAUAUCGCUGCCUCGGAAGCGGACUUCCUGGUAGCCCAAUCUACCAUGCCUGGGUACAUUUCCUUAAGGGACGAGAAAGAGGGGUCAUUCUUUAUUCAGUCGCUGGUCAGGCAUCUUAAAGAGCACUCACGAAGAACCACUGGGCCAACGUCAAUAAAGCUCGGUACACAAUAUCCUUGGAUGCAGGGAUUCACGUGUGUUCAAAUGAAGGGACACACCCUCUUCAAAGGGGAGAUAAUCACAAAAAUGCAAAAGUUGAGUGGUAAUUUAAAAAUCUUCGCAAGAACCACUGUGCUAGAAAAAUUGAAAUUUACUUAAAUGUUUCCUGGCAUAGUCAGCUUUGUUAAAAUCAUGGUCCUCGGGGGUAGGGUGGGGCCAAAAUAGGGGAUCAAAGUUUUACAUGUGAAUAUAUUGGGAAAAUCUUUAAAAAUCUUCUUCUCAAGAUCCACUGGUUCAGAAGAUACAGUGCACAUUCAGGUUUGUUAAAAUGAUGGCCCCUGGGGGUAGUGUAGGGCCACAUGAGCGAUCCAUCAAAGUUUUACAUGCGAAUAUACAGGGAACGUUUUUAAAAAUCUUCUCAUAAACCACUGGGCCAUAAGAAUGGUGAUUUACCCGAAAAUUUUCUGAUAUAUAGAGUAGAUCAUGGUCCACGGGGGUAGGGUGAGACCACAAUAGUGAAUCAAAGUUUUACAUUCAGAUAUUAUUGGGGACAGUUUUAUUGACCUUCGUCGUAAGAACAGCUGGGUCAGAAAAGUGGUUUGCAUGAAAACUUCCUGACAUAGAGUAGAUUAAAAUUGGUUCAAAUCAUAGUCCUUGGGGUCGGGUAUGGUGGGACCAAAAUAAGAUAUCAAAGUUUUAUAUGCUGAUAUAUAUAAGAAAUGUUUAAAAAUAUAUCUUGGGCUAUUUAAGUUAGGGCUUUCAUAUUUUGUAUAUACAUUCCUUACAGUAAGGCCUUUCAUGUGAUGCAUUGGUGUGUGAUCUUGACCUGGAAGUUUGACCCACUUUUAAUAAAAUUGUGGCAUAUUCAAAGUGUCUUGAACUACUUAAGGUAGAUCUUUCAUGAUAUCUUUAUGAAUUUCUUAUGGCAAGACCUUCUGAUUCAUAUUAUGACCUUUGACCCUCAACUCGGAGUUUGACCUACUUUUAAGAAAGUAUAUCCUGAAUUAUUUUAGGUAAGGCUUUCAAAUUUUGUGUAUAGAUUCUUUAUGACAAGAUCUUCUGGCACAAUGAUGUUUGGUGUUUUGACCUUGGUGUUUGACAUACUGUUAAAAAACCCUGACCUAUUCAAUAUAUCUUGAACUAUUUAAGGUAGGGCUUUCAUAUUUUGAAUGUAGAUUAUUUAUUGAAAGACCUUGUUAUACUUUUAUGUUUGACCUUGUGACCUUUUCCUUGAAGGUUAACCUACUUUUAAUAAAACUCUGACGUAUUCAAUAUCUUCUGAACUAUUUGAUAUAGAGUUUUCGUGUUUUGUGUUUAAAUUCAUUAUGGCAAGGUCUUUCAUAUUAUACCAUGAUAUACUACCUUGAUCUCAUUCAGAACAGCAAGAUCACGUUAGUCUUAUUGGUGUUGAGGCAUAUAUAUGUGCUAUGUGAAAUUCAUUUUCAGUUAUGUCCUGAUCCUUUGGGGAAAGGUUGGGGCCAUACUAUGGGUCAAUUUUUUUUCAUAGGAAUGAAGAUUGAUAAAAAAUCUUUUAAAAAUCACAAUAGCUGAACAGCGGCAGGGUCAAGGUGUUUCAGGUGAGCGAGGUGGCCCAUGUGCUCAUAAUUGAUUAGAGUAUUUUUUAUGUGUCGGUUCGGAAUCAUUCAAUGAAUUCUCUCUAUAGGGAGGAUGUUGUCUCUAUUCUGGUUGAAGUUAACCGUGACGUCAGUCGAAGAGUAGGUAAAACCAGGGAAGGUCAGCUAGCCGUGCAGAUUCCGGAACCCAAAGUUCGUUUGACCAAGAAGUUCUACCUUUACCCAAUAGAAACCGAAGUCUAGGAGGAACUCCAUCUGGGAAGGUCUACUCCAUGUGGGGAGGGCGCCCAUUCUUGGGUUGUAACCCGCCGUUGACCUUUCUGUACUUCACUGGUCAACGAUCGUCCCAAGCCGAUAUUUUGCAAUACAUCUACUGUACGUACAGGUGUAUAUUCUUUUUAGUUUGAGAUUAAAAUAUAUGAAAAGGCUGAAAUAUUGAAUAAAAUGGUGAAAUGAUA